UGUAGACAGAGGGCUGUUAUGGAUUGCCAAUUUGCAGAUGAGGUUUUACUCUUUGAGACAGGAUGAUGUCUUUACAUGCAACAUUUCUCUACCAUAUGCACUGUGUGCUGUUUUUUAGCAUAGGGUGAACUGUAUAUAGUCUGACACCUCUCCUGGUGUCAGCAGUGUGUGUUCUUGGUUCAUUUUCCUAGAUGACAUCCUGAGUCGGAAUACAUACUUUGCUUCAAGUAAUUAUCAGGAGAGGAGCCCUUAUCCAGCUGUGGGCUCGGGACUUUUCACUACUUUUAGGAACCAGUGGAAGGGGAGGAUGUGAGGGCCUGGAAGGCCCGAUAGCGUGGUGUUCUCCCCUGAAGCACAGCUAGGGAAUGGGCCCAGGAUCUCUGCUCCAGCCUCAGAGAGACAUGGAGGACUAUUACAGUCUUCUGCAGGCUGGCACUGAGCUGGAGAACACACUGCAGCAGGUGUCAAUUCCUGUGAGUAUGAAAGAAGUGGCUGGCUUUAUCGAGAAGCAAGUGGCUUUUUUAUCAGGGGGCCGUGGCGAGGAUUCUAGUGUCAUCAUUACUCUCCCAGAAUGCUCAGAUUUCAGUGAUAUCCCAGAGGAAGCUCUAGCUAAAGUCCUCACAUAUCUCACAUUGAUUCCACGAGCACGUCAACCUGGAGUAAAAUUUAUCAUCAUUCUGGACCGAAGACUGGAUACCUGGAAUUCCAUCAAGACAGCACUUGCAAGGAUAGCGGCAUCUUUUCCAGGAAAUCUUCACCUGGUGUUAGUACUGAGACCAACCAGCUUCUUCCAGCGCACAUUCACAGACCUUGUCUUUCGCUUCAGCCAAGAGGAUUUUAUGCUCAAAUUACCAGUUGUGAUGCUGAGCUCGGUCACUGACUUACUGCGCUACAUUGAGGAGAAUCAACUGACUUCUGAAUUUGGAGGCACUCUGGAAUACUGCCACAGUGACUGGAUCUUCCUCAGAACUGCUAUAGAGAGUUUUGCAGUGACUGUGAAGGACAUUGCUCAGAUGCUGCAGGCCUUUGGCACAGAGUUGGCAGAGAUGGAAUUAUCACAGGAGAGCAAUGCCAUCGAGUUGCUGCUGCUGUCACACACUGAGAAAUACAGGAAAUUGAAGGAUGCUAUCAGCUCAGUGAUGAGGGAGGGACGCUACCUGCUCUCUAGCCUGGAGGCUUCUGGGAAGGAGGAGGAUAAGGAUACACACUGGGACAUAACACAGGACUGGGACACAGUACAGAGACUCCUGGCACAGCUGAGAGAUAUGGAGAUGGCUUUUGAUGAUUUCUUUGACAAGCACCACCUCAAACUUCAGCAAUACCUGCAGUUACUGAGAUAUGAGCACAGCUUUCAAGAGAUGGAGAGUUCUUUGGAGAAGUUGAGUUCUCAGGAAUGGAAGCUCAUUGUUACCGGAGAAACACUGGCACAGACAGAGCAGAUCAUCAAAGAGCUGGAUAUUCUAGAGAAACGAGCCCAGGAGGAAAUGACUCGGGCCCAGGUGAUGAUAUUGCAUGGACACCAGAUGGCUGCAGGUCAUCAUUAUGCCACUCCUCUAAUUGUACAGCGUUGUAAUGAGCUCAGACACCACUGUGACACACUAAACUCUGCCAUCAGUGCUAAAUGCAAAACACUCAUACAAGUGCAGGCCUUAUUGCAACACCUCGAAGAGGCCCAGCAAUGGUGUGAUGAUGGCACAUGCCUCUUGGCCAAUCAGCAGUUAGAAAAAUUGAACUCUAAAGAAGGUGCUCAGGCAGCUCUGAGCGAUUUAGAGAAGUUCCAGGAGGGGGCGCCAGCGCUCCUUAAUGCUGAGACAGACUUACUUUUUAUGGAAUAUGAGGGAGUCCUCACUCCUCACUUACAGACUCAUAUAGAGAAGACAUUUGAGAAGUAUACCUCUGUACAGAAUCUAUUCCAGACUAGACAGACCUGUCUGAAGAAACUAGCAGACAAACAUGUGCGGCCAAUACAGCUGGUAGUACCUCGACCAGAGAAUCCACCACGAUCCAAGUCCCCAGUCUCUCCCAAACAUGAUCUUAAUUCAAGUAUGAAAUUCACCUUUGACUUCUCAGGCAAAAGAGCAACACGGAAAAGCCCGAACUCCAGGAAGAUUGAGGUGUUGCACGACUAUCAGAACCGCAACGCUACGUCCUACGUUGUGGAUGGCGAGGAUGGAGCAGACCUACGGAAACAUCGUGUAAUGAGGGAGCUGAUCGAGACAGAAAGGAUAUAUGUAGAAGAGCUUCUGACUGUGUUGCUGGGCUACAGGGCAGAGAUGGACAACCCCUUGCUCUCUUCUCUCCUGCCCACCUGCCUGCGCAACAAGAGAGAUAUACUGUUUGGAAACAUGCCUGAUAUCUACAGUUUUCAUAGCAGAGUAUUCCUGCAAGACCUGGAGAGCUGUCUGGACACGCCUGAAGCUGUGGGAGCAUGUUUUCUAGAACGGAAAGAGAACUUCCAGGUGUACGAACGUUACUGUCAGAAUAAGCCACGAUCCGAGUCCUUAUGGAAGCAGUUUUCGGACUGUGCAUUUUUCCGGGAGUGCCAAAAGAAGCUAGAGCACAAGCUGGCUCUGGAUUCAUACCUGCUGAAACCAAUUCAGCGUCUUACCAAGUACCAGCUCCUGCUGAAGGAGUUGCUGAAGUACAGCUCAGGGUGUGAGAGGGUCUCCGAGCUGCAGGGUGCACUGAACGCCAUGCUGGACUUGCUCAAAUCUGUUAAUGAUUCUAUGCACCAGAUUGCCAUCACAGGAUAUGAGGGUGAUCUGAGUGAUUUGGGCCGAGUCGUGAUGCAGGGCUCCUUCAGUGUGUGGAUCAGUCAUAAGAGAGGCGCGACGCGGAUGAAGGAGCUUGCACGCUUCAAACCCAUGCAGAGGCACCUGUUCCUGUACGAGCGUGCACUCCUCUUCUGCAAGCGCAGGGAGGAUCAUGGCGAGCACGCUAAUAAAACACCUUCCUACAGCUUCAAACAUUGUCUUAAGAUGAGUGCUGUGGGCAUCACAGAGAAUGUAAAAGGAGAUGUGAAGAAGUUUGAGAUCUGGUACAGUGGCAGAGAGGAGGUGUAUUCGGUGCAGGCACCGACAGUGGAGGUAAAACUUGCUUGGUUGAAUGCAAUUAGAAAAAUUCUCACCAACCAGCAGAAACUAUUCAAAGGUGAACUUUGUCACUCAAACCCACUGGCUGAACAUUUUCCUCUGUCUCCGUCCCUUUCUGAGAGCAAGAAGCAAAGAGCGUCAGUCAGCUCGGAGGAGACGGAGUCGGGCCACAGCAGUCCAGACCCGUUUAGCCGUUCUCCACAGCACCAGGACAACAGACACAGUUGGCCAGGUGCCACUCACUCAGUGGAUAUCUGUGAAGAUCUGGAGGACUGGAGUGGAGCUAAUCUCCCUAACAUGUCUGACACUGAAGAGGAGGACACUGUUCGUUUGUCUCCAGUUAAACACAAGGCUGGAGCAGGCUCUAACAGAUACGCUCCAGAUGACCUCAUCAUUAAGUGUGGUGAUGUCAUACAGCUGCAGCAGGAGGACAACGAUGGCCACUGGUUGGUGGAGAACCUGAGCACUAAACAGAAGGACAGGCUCUCUGCUGCAGGCCUGCGUGGCAUUAUGGGAAGCUGCAGCAGAGGACGCUCUAACCAGCUGCAUGAACCAGGAAAACUGAAAACAUGGAAGCUGAGCUCCCUCUAGACUGUCUUUUGGGAUGUUCAGCCUCAUGGCUAUGUGAGCUUUAUCCAAGACACUUGUGUCAACACAAUUGCUGUUCUCUGUUCUAUACCUGGGUGGGCCCCCUGUAGC